AUGGAAAGACGCAUUGUUCCAAGCUCAAACUCUUCAGAUCUGACAGUGUCAUCUGGCAAGGACACAUCUCUGGGAGUCCACGACACAUUUAGAUAUGGAUUGAAUUCAGUCAAGAGUCAAGUCACUGCUGGUCAUCCCUUGGAGUCCCAUCUCAAAAACUGGGAUUCUACUCAAGAAAAGUUCAAAAUGGACAUGUAUGCUGAUGUCUAUGGAAGCCAUCUGCCAUUAAGGUUGCAAAUGGAGAAGGCUAUUGUUUCGCAGCCAAAGAGGAUUCCAGUAUUACCAUCUUCAAACUUUGGACUCAACAUUCUGGCUGGAAAAGAUGAUUCCAUUGAUGUAGAGGACUUCCUCAACAAACCAGAAAUGUCGACCGAUUCUUUGGAUGUUCAUGGCACAAUGGAGCAUGCCUUAAAUAUGAAGGUCUGA